AUGCCAAGCAAAGCGGCAACCGACAGGGCAGGCACGACAACCCAGGCUCGUCUCACUUUUAUGCAGCUUGACAACCAUCCCACAUUCUAUUACGAUGCGUACACUGCAGGAUGCAUCGGCGAGCUGGCAGGAGCUCAAGCAGUAUAGUACAAUCGCCGAGCUGGAGGAAGCGGUUCGUAUCGAUGGCGGGCAUUUCUCACCGGCAGCCGCUGCUGGACUGCGCUCGGUAUGCUGGAAGGCCUUCCUCCUGUUCGAUUCUGUAGAUGCAGUAACGUGGCCAAAGACACUUGCUUCAGCUCGCUCGGCAUACGACUCCUUGCGUAUGCACUUCCUACGCCACCUGGAGAACCCGGAUGACAUGGAAGGCGGCCAAGACCCUCUGAGCGCUGAUAGCGAGUCCACGUCGCCUGCUGCUCAGCUACACAAGGACGAGGAAUUACGAGCCGAAAUCCAGCAGGAUGUUGAUCGCUGCAUGCCCGAGAAUCUUUACUUCCGCCAACCGGAGACUCAACGCAUGUUACUCGACAUUCUAUUUGUCUUCUGCAAGCUGAAUCCUGAUGUCGGGUACCGUCAAGGCAUGCAUGAGCUCUUAGCGCCCAUACUCUGGGUUGUGGAGCGGGAUGCGAUCGACCUUGGACCGAGCAGCAAAGCUCUGGGGGAGGAUGUCGUUGUUCGAGCUGUAUUCGAUGCUGAAUACAUCGAGCACGACACUUUUGCAUUGUUCAGUCAGGUCAUGCACAGUGCGAAGAACUUCUACGAGCAGACAACCCAUCAAGCAACCGACAAUCCCAUGGUUGUGCGAAGUAAGCGCAUCUUCAGCGACUUGCUGCCGCAAGUCGAUCCAGAGCUGGCAACGCAUCUGGAAGAUAUUGAGAUCCUACCACAAGUCUUCCUUAUGCGGUGGAUUCGUCUUCUCUUUGGUCGAGAGUUUGCCUUCGAUGACACGCUUGCAUUAUGGGACGUCAUCUUCGCCGAAGACAAUGCGCUCGAGAUUGUGGACUACAUAUGUCUUGCCAUGCUUCUGCGCAUACGAUGGCAGCUUCUUGAUGCUGAUUACAACUCCGCACUAACUCUCCUCCUACGCUAUCCCGAGCCCGCGCGCGAGCAUCCUGCCCAAUGUUUUGCCUUAGAUGCUCUAUACCUGCGUGAGCAUUUCGACCUGGAGGGAAGCGGCUAUAUCGUUUUGAAGUACAGCGGUCGACCACUUAUGCCCAGAAAGGGCGCGGUGACGCCGCCCGCUUUGCAACGCAACAUUACGGCCUUCUCUGGCAUUCCCACCGCCGCUGUGACUUCAAAGCCACCUCGACCUGUAGCAUCUCGGACAUCUUCGUCCCGACCGCGCAACUUCGAGGCGCUGCUUCAGUCCACCGCCCGAAAUAUCUACGCUCGCGGCGAAAGACUGGGCACAGGCCUGCGGAGUGCGGUCGAUGAAGUCCACAAGCGUGCCCAAGAGAUACGCGAGACACCAACGCCGUCCUCGCUGCAGGCUCGUGCUCGUACUGGGCCUGGCGCUUUGUACGCGCGGGUGAAAGCCUUGGAGCAGCGAAACCGGCAUUUAGCAGUACUACUCGAAGGCGCAGUCUCUCAGCUGUGGGAGUACCAGAAAGCUGUAUCAGCAGAUGGCAGUUUAGCAGUCGCGAACCGUCACAAUGAGAAGCAGCAAGAUAACGACAAUACCACGACAUUGCAGGCCACCGAGUAUUCGACCGACGUGGAGAAGCUAAGCCUAGCAAUUGCCAGGGUUCAGUUCGUGCAGGUGUACCUUGAUGACCCUAGCCUACCUUUGCCAGAGACCGAUGACCAGGAACACCAGCAUGAUCAGGAUGCGCAUACAGCGGCGCCCAACGUUGAGUCUUCUCGCGAUGGUGAACGCGAGGCCGUCGCGCACCGUGGUGAAGGAAUGGAGACUGAGAAGAAUGACGUUCCCUCUGACUCCGUGCAUGAUCCACACACCGCACACAUUGGACGGAAUAGCAGCAGGGACGAGCUAGCGGACGCGUCAAAGUUUGUUGUGGAGGACGAUGAAGACCGAGACGAUUCGGCGCGUCAAGAACCGGAUGCUAUGGCGACACCACCAAGGCCGCUCACACCGAAGAUUGAAAACAAUGUGAAGGCAUCACCGCAAGCCGUCGCAGGAUCAGCAUUGAAAAAAGACAUGCCAAGCGCUCCACUAACCGAAGGCGCAAGCCUGCAUGCUUCGCCACUACCACGCCGGCCCCCUAUCGCCGAGAGCCCUUACUCAUGGAUGCUCAGCAAGGACUCUACAGGCUCGGCCAAAGAAGAGGUUCGCAGUCCCACGCCUCGUCAGGCGCGACAGCGACCACAACGUGGUAAGGGGUUCUUGUUCGGGGAUGCUCAUGAAGGCGGAGGCGACCCACUGGCUUAAUGAGUCUAGGGAGUAUUUCUGCAUCACCGCAUAGUGUGUGACUCGCCGUUAUUGAAAUGACCUAUCUGUUCGUAAAGGCGUUGAACACUAGCUACAUCGUACCAUUCAAUCUCACUGACACGGCAGCCACUCACGCCAAGGUGCGGCCUUGCACGCGUCUUGACG